AUGAUAUUGUUUCCUCUUCCAUCCUUAAUUCGAAACAUGUAUUAUAGAUACACACGAACGUUCGAGAGAAUAAACAUUAGCGCUACUGAAAGCAAUAAAAUAAAUCAAGCAGCCGAAGAACGUCGCAGUUCUACUAAUGGGAAAUAUCGGGAGAAGGAGGAGGCCGGGACCGCAAUGCAACCAGCCGCCUCCCCGGCACCCGGCCGCCCACCCCCGGCGCGCCCGCCGCCUUAUAUAUUUCUCUUCUCUCGCCUCCUCGCACGGCCGCAACAGAAAACAACAAGGCGAUAUAGAGCUGUUGAGGAACAUCGUCGAAGAUUGUCGAAAUAUGCGACAUGUAUAUUCGCAAACUCGUUGCUGUUGGGAUUAAGAAGUUUCGCUUCGGGAGAAUGUAAUUAUAGUUUAUUUGUAAUUGACAAUUGUAUCAUAAUAAUAUCAUAA